AUGCUCAUCGCCAGAGAUCGGAAAGCUUUUGAAAAGAACCUUUUGAACCGUGUCAUGAUUAAUCCCAAAAUCCUUUACAGCUACAUAAUACAGAGCACACGGAACAAAGAUCCUGUCCCACUGCUGCGAACGGCUGAGGGUGUGGAAAUCUCCGAUGACAAGGAUAAGGCUAAAUAUCUCUUUCAGUUCUUCCGGUUAGUCGUGACAAGUGAACCUGAUUUUUUCUCACCCGCUUAUGAAGACUUAGAAACACCUGCCCUCGAAGCCGUCUUCUUCACUGAAACAUUUGUUCGAAAUGAUUUACUAAACCUAAAAGAAUCGACCUCCACAGGCCCUGAUGCAAUCCCGACCAAGCUGCUGAAGGAGCUAGCUCUCGAAAUGUCCAAGACGUUAGCCUUGAUUUUCCAAACGUCGUUUCUUACUGGAUGUCUGCCCUCUGACUGGAAGUCCGCUACCAUCACUCCGCUUUUUAAGGGUGGAAGUCGUGCGUCUGCGAAUAACUAUAGGCCAGUGCGUCUUACCUCCAUCUGUUGCAAAAUCACGGAGAAGAUCAUUAAAAAAGCCUUGAUGCAGUUCCUCGAGCAUCACCAUCUCCUUUCCGAUGCACAAAACGGCUUUCGAAUUGGUAGGUCCUGCCUCACGAAUCUACUCUUGACGCUCGAACGAUGGACCAAAGCACGCGAUGAAGGUAGUGUGGUGCCCGCCAUUUACAUCGACUUCAAAGAGGCUCGCGACAGCGUUCCUCAACAACGUCUAUUAUACAAACUGCGCAACGCUGGAAUUCGUGAACGCUUUCUUCUAUGGAUCCAGAGCUUUUUGGCUGAACGGUCCCAAAGAGUGCAAGUCGGGCGUCAACAGUCCUCAGAUGUAAGCGCGGUGAGUGGCGUCCCACAGGGCUCAGUCCUAGGUCCCACGUUAUUCCUCGUUUUCAUAAAUGACCGCGUCAAGGACCUAGACUGCGAUGUCACCCUGUUUGCCGAUGACAUAAAAUUGUGGAAAGUUAUUCACAAUGCGGCAGACGCAGACCACCUGCAAGCAAACUUGAACAGGCUCGAAGACUGGUCGAAGCGCUGGCUUAUGCCCUUCAAUAUAAGCAAGAGCAACCUUCUACAACUCGGCAGCUUCAGAGCCCCCAGCCCCAGCACCUACUUUCUACACGGCACACCACUGCAACAGGUUGACAGUCAGAAGGACCUGGGUGUAUGGAUUACAUCGUCACUCAAACCGACACUGCACUGCGCGAAGGCUGCUAUAUCGGCUACGGCCACAUUGCAACUCAUUAGGCGAGCAUUUAUGGGAUUUGACCCUGACUGCUUUUCCAAAAUAUUUGGCACAUUUGUGCGACCUCAUCUAGAAUACGCCAUACAGGCGUGGAGACCUUGGACUGCCAAGGACUAUAUAGUUUUGGAGAAGGUCCAGAGACGGGCGAUCAAAAUGCCCAAGGUCUGUGAGCACUGCCCUAUGAAACCAGAGUGUCAACUCUCAACCUGCUUCCCCUUUCCUACAGGCAAUAACGUUUUGAACUUAUACUAA